AUGCAGGGUCAGCCGCGGAGCGAGUGCAGGCCCCGCGGAGGCCACGGAGGGAGCCCGGCCUGGAGUCGGAAGAGCGGCCAAGCACACACUCGCGCGGUGCCGCCUUCAGAAAUGCCCUUGACCUUUUGCAUUCAACUCUCAACACCUCUGCUCUCUUACCGUUUUCUGUCGUUUCUCUCACCUGUCAAGAGUCUGAGUCAAGUCACAGCCCCCAACCCUUUGCUGUGGCUCCAGGGCAGCCCAGAGGAAAGCCCCUCACCGUCCUGGAGCCUCACUGAGCGGUCCCCGAAAACUUUCUUCCCGUUUUACAAGAGGACAAGCCGGAGGCUGGGAGGCGGAGCUGAGUUAGGACCCAGGUCUCCCGGCUCCGGGAUCCGCGCUCCUCGCGCCGCAGCACCUGGCCUCCUGCCGAGGGAGCGGGCGGCGGGCUGGGCCGGGACGCCGCGCUCGCCCGGCGAGGCGGAGAGCCGCGGCCCCGAGGGGCUGCUGCGGCGAUCGGGGUCGGGCUACGAGGGCAGCACCAGCUGGAAGGCGGCCUUGGAGGACACCACCACACGUCUCCUGCUGGGGGCCAUCGCCGUCCUUCUGUUUGCCAUCCUGGUGGUGAUGAGCAUCUUGGCUUCCAAGGGCUGUAUCAAGUGCGAGGCGCCCUGCCCGGAGGACUGGCUGCUCUACGGAAGGAAAUGCUACUUCUUUUCUGAGGAACCGAGAGACUGGAACACGGGCAGGCAGUACUGUCACAGCCACGAGGCCGCGCUGGCUGUAAUUCAGAGCCAGAAGGAGCUGGAAUUUUUGUUCAAGUUCACACGGAAGGAGCCCUGGAUUGGCUUGCGCAGAGUCGGGGACGAAUUCCACUGGGUCAACGGGGACCCGUUUGACCCGGACACAUUCCCCAUCUCGGGCCCGGGGGAGUGCGUCUUCGUGGAGCCCACCAGGCUGGUGUCGACGGAGUGUCUGAUGACCCGGCCCUGGGUGUGCAGCAAGAUGGCCUAUACCUGAGGUGGGUCAGGCUGGAGGCGGCCCUCCAGCCCGGCUUCGAGACCCGCCUGCCCCAGGCUCCUCUCCAAGGCGAAGCAGUGAGGGGGUUGGCCUCCUCCCUCAACCCCUCUCCUAGGCCCUGGAGCGCUGGUUCCUGGUCUCCUUGGCCCCAGGCAGGUCCUGUGGCUCAGCAGUCAAAUCCCACAUGCUCAGUAGUGUAGGCGCCUGUCCUCCAAAUGCGUGCGCGCGCACACUCACACACACACGCAUGCAAAUGCAUGCACACACUGCCCUCUCAAGUUCAGAGUCCACCCUUUGUCACUCCAACAAGUCCCUCCCUGGCCAUGCCCUGCAACAUUCCUUCCUCAUGCAGCCCUGGUGCUUUGAGGAAGGAUGGGAGCUGACACAGAUUGUGCUACUGACGGCACAGACAGGCCUCCCUCCCCAGUUGUCUCUC